AUGAUGAACAAACGACAAAAUGAAAUUUUUCAACUACAAUCUCAGCAAAGUGCUGGCGAAUAUGAUUUACAGGAAAAGCACUAUCAGAAAGCUUUAUGCCAUUUCUUGCAAGCACUAGAUCUCUCUGAUAAUGUGAUCCCGGAUGAUACGGAAAGAUUUCAGAUACAAUGCGACCUUUAUCUUAAUAUUGCUACUACUCAUCGAGAGCAAAAUCAAUUUAUGCCAGCUAGAGAAUUUAUCCAAGAAGCAAUCGUUCUAGCCGAAAAAGUUCAAGAUAAACUACGAUUCGCACGAUGUUUGGAUCAUCGAGGUCAGAUCAAGACAGCUCAAGGGCUUCACUUUGAGGGCUUAGACGAUGUCCAUCAAUCAUUAGUUGUAAAAAGGCAACUAUUAGGAGAAGCAAAUGAUUGUGUCGCCGUAUCUUACCAAAUCAUAGGAUCCAUCUAUUUUAUCCAGCACAAGUAUGAAGAAGCUUUAGCCAUGUUUCAAAAAUCGUUAGAUAUAAGACUUAAUUUGUCUGGAGAUUAUCUCAUUAAAUUAGCACAUUUGUACUACAAUAUUGGGGAUACCUAUUUUCAAUUAACGAACUAUACAGAUGCUAAGAUAGUUUACUAUAAAUGCCUUAACAUCAGACUGCAAGUGUUAAAACCAAAUCAUUUCGAUAUAUCCAAAAUAUAUAAUAAGAUUGGAAGCGUUCAUAUCGAAGAAGGAAAUUAUAAUGAUGCCAUAUUGAUGUUACAAAAAUCUCGUAAUUGCUUAUCAUCGCAACAGCUUCAAAGUCCCGAUACGGAUAUUGCAACUCUGAAUCAUAAUAUUGCAACAGUCCAUCAUUAUCAAUAUAAAUACGAAAAUGCAUUAAUACUAUUUCGAAAAGCGCUAAACACUAGAAUAAAAAUAUUAGGAAGGAAUCACUUGGAUGUAGCAGAAACAUAUUACAACAUUGCCCAUGUUUACUUUGAUCAAUGCAAGUAUGAGAGAGCCUUACAUAUAUAUGAGAAAGCAUUUCAUAUUCAAUUCGAAAAAUUAGGUAUCAUUAAUUCUAUUGUAGCUCAAACUUAUUAUAAGAUUGGAGAAGUCCAGUAUCAUUUGGGAAGAUAUAAAGAUGCUCUUAUAGCAUAUCAAGAGUCGCUCGAUAUCCAAUUAGCAACGGUAGGAAAUCAUCAUCUUGAUAUUGCUAUACUUUACAAUGAUAUUGGAAUUGUCUACGAGUUACAAUGUCAAUAUGAUAAAGCUCUAGACAUGCAUCAGAAAGCUUUAGACAUACAAUUGGAUAUUGUAGGAGAAAAUUAUCUACAGGUAGCUUAUUCCUAUAACAAUAUAGGAAAUAUUUAUGCAGGUCAAUCGAAAGAUCGGGAUGCAUUAAUAAUGUACGAGAAAUCAUUAAAGAUUAAAUCGCAAUUAUUGGGAAAGAAUAAUUUAGAAACUGCAUGUACGUAUAGUAAUAUCGGACUGGUGUAUGCUCAUCAAGGUGAAUUUAUGCGUGCAAUCGACAUGUAUCAAAAAGCUAUAGACAUCAAAUUAGAAAUAUUAGGAAGUCAUCAUGCAGAUAUCGCUACUUUGUAUAAUAAUCUUGGACUUGCUUAUUCCAAUCAAGCCGACUACGAUGAAGCUCUAUCGAUGCAUAGAAAGGCGUUAUUUAUACGAUUAGAUCUAUUAGAUGGCCAAGAUUUAAAAGUAGCACAGUCCACUCAUAACAUUGCAAAUAUAUAUUACUGUCAAGGCCGAUAUGAUGAUGCGUUAAUCACAUAUCAAAACGUCCUCGAUAUUCAAUUAAACAUGUUAGGAAGCUGCCAUUUAGAUGUAGCUAAAUCUUAUAACAACAUUGCUAAUGUCUACUCUGAUCAACUCAAUUAUGAAGAUGCUUUAACUAUGUAUCAAAAUUGCCUGAAUAUCCGAUUGAAAUUAUUAGGAGAUAAUCAUUACGAUGUAGCUACUGUCUAUUAUAAUGCUGGAACGAUGUACUUUGAUCUUCAACAGUAUGACGAUGCUACAGUAAUGUAUCGACGUGCUUUGACUAUUUUACAACAAUUAGAAGUAAAUAAUGAUAUAUUUAAGGCUACUAUAUACGAUAGGAUUGCUUUAGUCUAUAAUAAGCAGCGACAAUUUACAGACGCAGUAGCGAUGAGUCGACAAGCUUCAAAUCUUCUUUCCAUAAUUCAGCAAUACGAUUCAAGUGAUGACGAAACUAUAGACAAUCAAAGGGAAAGGAAAUCGAAAUCGUUAAAUGAUAUAGCGAUACUAUCGGAUGAAGUUUGCCAAAGCUUAUUAGUUUCCUUAACCAAUGGAGUAGAACCUGAUCAAAUUAAUCAGAUUGAUGCAAAUUCAGAUGAAGAAUAUGAUGGUUUGAUUAUGAAAGCAGCCAACGAGGGUACAGUUAAUCAGACAAGUGAUGAUUGA